GGGUAAUUAAAAUGGCGCUGUAGCCCAAAGAGACGAAAGCAGCUGUCAAAGUUUUGAAAAUCCUUUCGGGAGAAUGAUUCAGAGGUCUCUGAUGCACAAUAACCAACCCUCCGCUUCACAAUGAUGGAAAUAGAGACCGCGACCUGUCUGCCCACCAGUGAGAAGCUUACUGCACACGAUAGCCUGUCCUUGAACGCGGUCGCCCAGCACACCUCCGUCUCCCUCACUUCUGCCUUGCACCACUCAUCAGUCUUAGAAAGCAGAAGCGUACCUAACAGCAAGAUGAUUGUGGAAUCUUCCAGCCACGAGUCGGAGCCAGCUGUAGCUCAGCCCCUAUCCCCAGAAUCCCACCAGCUCCAAGAAGAGGCAGCAGACAUGACCGGCAACAUGGUCAAACCAUCCACUGACGAUGUCAUCACCACAAGCAAUAACCUACAACAGUCCGACGAAUCUGGGGAGAGCUCGUCCUUGUCCCCUCCCGAAGUCGGGCACCCUGCAACUACCGACCUUGAGACGGGAUGCAGCAACAGCCCUCAGUCCAUAGAGAGUUGCCCCGAACGUCCGAGGUCAAGGCGAAAACCUACAUUAGAGGACAUUGUCCGACGCAUGAAGACUUCCGAGACAUACUGCAGUGACGACAGUGAGGAGGAAAUGAUGAACGGCUCGCUGACAAUCGACAUGGCUCGCGGGGGAGCGGACGAGGUUGAUGGAGGCUCAACAGAUAUGAGCUGCCAGGAUAUGGAUGUUAAGACUCCUUCUGUCGAGCUGGAUGGUGAAGACGUACAUCACCGGCCACCAAAUGGGCUGCAACAUCAUCUUCCUCCCCACGUCAUUGACAAUCUGGAGCACCAGAAAGAAAACCAACCCCUCCCGCCUGGAAACAUAGGCGGCAUGCCUUCCACUAUGCCCAUGGCUUCCAAUAUCAGUGAAACUGCUUAUUCCCCACACGUGUAUGCAGCUUCCAAAAUAAACAACUGGUUCCACGGGUCCUUCAACGGUCUGCCCCUCUUUCCAUUCCCACCAAGUCCCAUGGAUCAUAGCUUGGCCAGAAAGUAUCUUCCAUUCGAAACCAAAUUAGCUGCUGAGGUGGAGAAGGACUAUUUAAAGUGCCAGUUCUGUGAGAGAACAUUUCGACGCCAGAAGAAUCUGGAGAAUCAUAUCGAGAACACUCACCAUGGCAAGGGUCCUGUUCGACGAGCACGCUCCGAGAACGGGAACGACAUGUACUUCAAGUGUACCCACUGUCCCUAUACUACAAAGCAUCAGAGCAAUCUCUAUGUUCAUCUAAGAAUACAUACAGGUGAACGACCCUACAUCUGCGGAGCCUGUGGAGUUCAAUACAGUCAGAGUCACAGCCUCAAGAGUCACAUCAUCAACAAACAUGAUGGCAUCAUGUCCUACUACAUCAAAGAGAAGCGAACACGGUCCCCUCGCGGCAUGGGCUACAUGGCCACCCAGGUCCUCCCAGAGUCCCCCCAUGUUCAAGAUGCCCACUCCUCCAAUCAUGUCUCCCCACAUGAACCAGCAAGCCAACAUAGAUCUCGCUGCCAAAACCAUGGAAAUAGCCAAGAGCGCUAUAGAGAAUAGGUAUCUCAGCCUCUUCCCAUUAACAAGUCUAGUCCACACAUCUCAGUCAAUGGGCAUGCUUCCCCGCACUACGCAGAUCUGCCACACAACCGCAGCCCGGGCUCGCUGCCCCAGACCCCGGGGAAUGGCCAUUUGCCCACCAGUCACCCCUCGACCCCGGCAUUCCCCACCAGCACCCCGUCACAGAUCAACAACCUUCUGGAAGAAUCCUGCGGAGCCAUCGACCUUAGCAAGAAGACAAGCUUGAAGGAGCACAUGUUCAACUCAAUCCACGAUAAAUACAACCGCUUCCAUGAUAAGGCCACUUGCAGCAACUGCAUGCAUGGCGCUAAACUGCGAAUGCUGCGUCUGAACGUCGUACGCAUGUUGAGCAUCCUGGUCCCGAAUUUGAAUUUUGAGGAGAAGGGAAUCAGUGCAGACAGCGACUCUGUGGACGAAUUGUUGCAGGACGUCAUCGAGAGCAACACUCACGAGGAGGAUAUGGCAGAGUAGUUCUAGACUGGGAGAUAUGGAUGGAUGGUAUGGACCCUGAAGUUCAGAUGCCAUACUCAAUCUGCAAUGACCUGAUAGACUUGCUGAUGGUUUAGACUCUGUUUGAUCCCCAGAUUGGCAUGGAGCUACCGUUCAAGGUCAAGCAUUAGCAGUCUCUUGUUCCUUUCUGACUCAUUUCUGGGCUGGUGCAAGUCGGACUCCAGGAUUAAAGGACAUCUUGGUAUUUUUGGACUUUCGCUAAAGAUCAAAUCAAGUGCUGAAUAUUUUACUGAAAACUGUCUCCAAAGAGCACAUUGGUUUUGAUGUGCUUUGACCUUGGUGCAUGAGGUUCUCCUAUUGGAGACAGUGCAAUACCAUCUGGGUACUUACACCACAUCAGACGUAGCUACCAAACAGCCUCAUCGCUCGCUGAACACACUGUUUGCCUCAGCGACACACAUAUCCAACAGCCAUAUCUCAAACGUGUAAUAAUCUCAGUAUAUAUCUCAUUGUGUCAUCUAUAUAUAUAUAUAUAUUAUAUAUAUAUUGUGUGUGUUUGGUUUUGAACACACAUUCCUGUCACAAGACUUGGACCAAGAUUGAGUAUUUUGAUAGUGCCAGAGUAUUAGAGAUAUUUUGGACAUAAACAUAUCCAUUCCUUUGUUUCUUGGCUUUUAGGCCGACCAAGGUUUGUCAAACUACUUGUUGCCAUGACAACUGUUAUUCACCAAUCCAAAUCAUCAUCAUUGUUUUCUUCAUCCAACCAGAGCGAGGCAUUCCUGUUUGUCAUCCAAUCAGAAUUCAGAACCAUACUAGAUGCUUGAAGCAUUCCAUUUGACCUUGCACAAAACCAAAGUUGUAAAUGUUGGAAUCCAAAAUCCAUUUAUUCUAUAUAUGAAUCAUGAUGUAUAUUUCUAAUUGUGGUAGGGGUGAGGCCAGCAUUGUAAUCUUCCCUCCUCCCCUCUCCCCUCCCCCCCCCAGAUGUGGAUACUUUGUGCCCUUAUACCCAGGAACUAACCCUGUGUACUUAAUGGUUGUGAGAUUAGCUUGGUAGGAAUCCUAGGUCAGUGUAGUCACCUCGUCCUGUCGUCGGUAGAACCAGUGGUAGAAGUAGCCUUGUUGAAAUGUUGAAGUGUCUCUUCUUGACUUGAUGAACUUUCUGUCCUAUGCUGAAGCAAUAACAGAGAGGUGCAGCUGAUAUAUCCCAUUGCAAACUUAGAGAAAAAUCUCUGUAAGAUUUUCCUAUUUAAACUGCUAGCAAAGUUAAUUAUAUUUUUAUAAUCUGUGUUCGUGCCCCUGAUCGGUCUUGUGUGUAUAUUUCUCCUAUAUGUCUUCCGUCUAGGAAAGGGGCCCUAUCUGUGCUGAGGUUUCCAUGGAGUUGACAACAGUUUAUCGGUUACCUAGCAACCAGGGUUGUGAGAAUCCCUCUGCCUUGAGGUAAUACUGCCGAGAGCAGUCUAACUUGAUUACUGAUGAUAAUGAUGAUAAUGAAAUGUGCUUAUUUUGAAAUUUUGAUAUGUGGACAUAGCUUUAACUAGACAGCGUCCCUUAAAGAUUUCCUCAUAGUGUGUUGUCGUCUACUCGUCGUGUUCGUGAAAAGGCCGACUAUGCCAAAGGUCCUUGUUGACAGUUUGUCAUACUUAGUGCUUAAUGAAUUCAUAGUAUUAUAUUUUGAUGACAUCCCACCUAUAUAUCCUAAUCAAGUCACAUGAUGGUCACAUGACUUCUAUUAUUGUUCAUCAUCCCGUCGUGCUAGUCGUAGUCGCACCUGCCCCGCCCCCUCCCACCCCAGUUGUACAUCACUGUCAUUUUGUUAUACUUUGUAUUGUGUCAUGGAUUGUCCCAAUGUUAUUUGGUGGCCCAAAUAGCGUACCGGUGCUUACUCCCAUUGGUCAUCUAUUGUUGAGGGUAUCACGGUUGGUCACGUGGAAACAGUGCAUGUCAGUAUUUAUUUCAUUAUUUUUUUCCAUAUAAGAGAAACUAACAAUCAAAAUAUCAUUCUCAUUUCUCAGAAUCCAUAGCUAACAAAUAUAGUUAACAUCAAAUCAUGACAUCCGAAAUCAAAAUCCAGUGAGGUUGUUAUUCUGAGUUUUGGAAGCUCCCCACACAUCCCACAUCAGGAUGUAUCUUUAUCAUUCCCAUCAUGCAGUGGAAUCUCUGCUUCCUCAACAGGGUACCGAUACAAACUAUCGCUUUAAAAUAUACGGUCUUACACCCAAUUUGACAUUUUGUUAUGAGAUACCUUUUCCAACUUGAUACUCAUUUCUCUUUAGUGAAAAUCAUUCAGUUUGUUGUGAAAAUAUCAAAUAUUGCCAAUAUUUUACGAUUUAGUAAAGUCUUUUUGCAUGUGUUUUUGAUAAUGUUUUAGCGUUUUACACUGUAAAAGCAAAUCUACUUAUGUGAAGAAUAUGUACUUAAUGCAUGAAGAAUGUCUACGUUCAUUCUUGUGUGUAACACCACCGAAUAUUUUACCUAUCUACAAUGUUACUUAAUUCCAACUUGCAUUUACUGCUGAUGUAAUACUUGCCUUUCUUCUUCUAUGGUGACCAACCAGUGGCCAAUUUCAUAUGUCAUCACAGAGUUGUUAUUUGUUUCUCUUGUAUAUUCUGUCUUUUAUUUGAAGAUGUAUUGAAGUUUUAGUCAUAUACCUUAUGUUUUUGAUCACGUCAGACUCAAGUUCUAGACAAUGUCGUACAAUGGCCAGGUCUGACAUACAACGCCAUUGCUAUGAUUGUUGGUUGUUUUUGUCUACAAAUUGAGGGUUUUUUUGUUUUUGUUUUGUGAGAUACCCAGGUUAACAAAAUGUAGUUGUCCGAUGACUGAGUAGUGCAAUUUGUUCCCACCAAAACCGGUUCAUGUGUUCGUUAAAACAAUCUAGUCUUUUCGUGGUCGCCGUCACCAUGGCAACCAACUCAUCACUGCAUCUCAGUUUCAGUCAUUCUGAUUAGUAAGCAGUUAUCCCCCUUUUAAAAUGCAACCUACGUUGUUGUCCCCCUUUGUAUACUUCAUAUCGAGAGUUGUCCCCCUUUUGUUAAGGUAGUAUUAUUCACAUGGAAAAUAUUCCAUGAUAUUCCUCACAGUGUAUGUGAAGAGUCACUUUAUUGACUGUGCUGUUGUAAGUAUUAAAUAGGAAGACGCCAUUUUUGUUUCGUAUAUCUCUCAGACCCUGUAUUCAUAAUUCUGACAAAAUAGACAUAAGACAUAAGUUUUGGCUGAAAUUAAACACAUUGUGUGAAAGCAAGAAAAGAUAUGUAUGUAAGUAUAUGAAAAUGUUCCAGAAGUUAUUUUGUCUGUAUCUGACGAGCUAUUCAGCCAAAUAUUUCAAUCAGGGAAUUAUGGGAAACAUUGAAAUGCAAAAUGGCGUCCUAAUUGUAACCAAAGGGCUGACGUCUGUUGUGUACUAUUCAGCUAGAGUCGAUAUCAUAUCAUUUUUGUCACACAUUCCUAAGUUCAUUUCCUCAAAGACAUGUUUAUAUUUGACUUGAGUUCUCAGUGUCCCAUCAGAACGGUGUAAUGUGUGUGUUAGUGUGUGUGUGUUGCAUGUGUGUGAUCCCACGCCUCUCUAGAUCAAGUAUAUUACUGUCUACAGUUCACGAAUCAAAUAUGAUUGUCGCACUCUCUGUGUCAAAGAUAUUUUGAAAUGAUGUAAAUGUUGAUUCCCACCAAAAUUCGAAUGCCUUAAAUUGUUUCAUUGUUUUGUUUCCUGAGAUGAAUAUAACGGAUGGAACAAGUCGGGCCCUAGACUUUGCUCAGUCUGAACAUCAUCGGAAAACUGCUUCGUCGGCCAGCGUGGCGCGAACGGGGUCACUUAACAAAUUGUUUUCCGAUGUCUCUUGUGAAAACAUCCUUUAGCUAGCUUUGGGUAUGUCCAUUCUGUCCAUUCGAAAUUGUGUGAAACUGACCAUCAAAUGGGAGACGAGACAGGCCAGUUUAUGAGAAGUCGUUUCGGUGAAGCCGUUACCAGUUGAAUUUGAAACACAAGGUUUGUGAUAGGGGAUUAUGUUUGAUGUCAGGUUGAGAGUUUCAUGCAGUACCCAGAGCUGGUAGCAAGGUCAUUGUGUCGGUUGUGUGAACCGAUUGGAUACCAGGCAAGGUUCAGAUUCGCAAAGCAUAGGGUCUUCGUAUGGCAUCAAGACUAGGCUCAAAGUCUGUCUGAGAAUUAUACUUUAAGAUUGUAACAUUGUGGCUAAAAGCACUGUUUCUAAUGUAUGCAAAUUAUAACGCAAUCUGUAAAUGAAUAUUGAUAUUUUCUUCUGCAAUAUAUGAGAUAUGUUAUUAUGAACGCAUGUGUGUGUCCGGGUUUUGACACAAGGAGCUAAAAACUGAAUCUGUUUUCAUGUUAUAUACACCUGUCUCCCAAAUGUAUUAUGUUGUUUUACUUCGUUGGAGGUUAUUCUUUUGAAUAAUCUCAACAUGUUCAAAGCAAUACUGCUAAUGAUCUACUUUUUUUGAGAUUGUUUUAUUGUUCCAUUAUGACCCCAUCAUUAUGCAUGUCACAAGAUGCUGUUUAUAUUCCAUGCAAAUUUUCUAAACCUACUACAGCUGAUCCUACUGACUGAAAACUAUUUCCUUUUUAUCACCUAGCCUGUUGAAAUUAAUCUAUAUUUUUAGAAAUUGUUGACACAAUGCUGUGGUUUGAAGCCGUAAGCAAACAGAAUUACAUCGGAGAAUUUUCAUGUUUGACAUGUAAUAUAUUCUUGACAAAACCUGUGUCGUAAGUGGAGCACCUGAGUUGAUUUGAACUUCCGAAAAAUGCCUAGAGUUCUUCCAAGUGCGUGUGUUGUUGUUGACCUUUGUCUAAACCCGGACGGUUGAGUCGACUGAUUCUUCCAGGAUUGGAGAUGACAAGAAGUCUAUUCCAUGUCGUGCUGACGCCCUCGGACGCCGGACGCUGUUAUAUGGCAAUAACCUGUAUUUAGUAUUAAGGUCUAUUUUCGUAAUAGAUCCCUUUGUAUAAGGCUUGUCCACUGCUGCGAAUUAAAUUUAUUUUCUAAGGAUACAACCUUUGAUAUUGAAUCAAUCAUGUUUCCAUUUAUGUGUGCAUUUAGACAUUUUUUUCCCUCCUGACUUAUGGCAUGGAUGCCAAAAAACCAACUGUUUCCAAAGGUGCAUUUAUUGUCUAGAAUCUCAAAUUCUAUCGUCUUUUCUGUGUGUCUGUAGGUGGGAGUUACCUCCCCUUAGUUGUGAUUGGAGAAAUUGUUGUGAGAGAAUGCCAUAAGUUCUCGUGUUGUGUGUGUCUAGUUUCUCUGUUCAUACAAAGGCCACAAGUCCUCGGACAUAUUUUCCUAUAUGAAAAUUGGUUGUUACAAAUUUACUUGGAAGACACAAGUCCUACAUCAAGUGCUUGAAAUCAUAUUUUACAUGAGACCAAAAGUGCUUCGACAUUUUGUAUUGUUAUGGCAACUACAAGUUCUAUAAUCUGCUGUGCUAACAUUUGACCAAUUACUAACCAUGGUCAGUAUAUGCUUUCUUCAAACUCAAAUCUAAUUAUGGAAUCAAAAAGUCAAUAAAUUUUCAAAUCAUGUGUAAUUAUUGUAAACAUACAUCAAAAGUUUGGCCAAGUCACAGGACUGUUUCUAGAAAACUAUUCAAGUGUUAUGAAUAUUUGUUUUAUCAGCAGCUUCAGUGCUGUUAAUUUGUUGUCAAGAUGGUAGUAUUUGUUCUGUUGCCCCGAGAAAACCACAAGAGGUCAAUUUUCUCUCAUUGUCUGUGGUUGUUAGCGUUGCUAACAUCAAUCCAACCAAUGACAAAGCGAGAAACUGCCGAGUGUAUAUUUUGUCGAAAUGUCUUCCUGCUAAGUGUGAUGUGUUCCUUAGAAUUCUGUAUUUGAUGGUGUGCAAUUAUGCUAGAGAAAUGUACAAGUUAAGGUUGUAUUUUAUCACAGUUCUGUUCUAUAGUAAUGUGUAUAUAGUGAAGAGACUUGUUAGUCUUUGUGUUACUGUAGCUAAACUGAUUGAGUCGACACGCUUGUAUUCCCACGAUAUUGCCUCGAUUGUAUCUACUUAAUGAUCGCGCACUUGUUUAGUCCUGCCGUCAUCUCCAGGGUUGUACUUUUCGCCAUGAGUGUUGGAUGCGGCUCACUCCACUGUCUGUUUGUCUUCAUAGAUUUUGAGUUCCGAUCAGUUCUACUGCCGCUGCUGCUGCCGUUGCCGCGUUGUUCUGUCUCCGAGUAUUUGGACAGGAAGCUAGUUCAUUCCAUAUUGUCUCAAGUUAUUUUAGAAUUUAUUUAGUUGUUUAGUUUUGAGAGCCUUUGUUAUAGGUCUUAUUGUUUGAUGCCCCUGUUGAUGCUAACAUUCGUAGUCUGUCGUCAUGGCAAUAUACUCCUUUUCACUUUUCACGAUGGAAAUGGUUUCGGUAAUUAAUCUUUACUUAUCAUCUUUAAUGUUUGAAAAAUCCUUUGAAAAACUUGAACCCGUAUCAGUGUUUUCAUUUGAAAUGUUUUGAUAUUGAUUUUUUAAAAAUUGUCAGAAUAGUUCAAGUUAAAAGGUUGAUCGAUGUCAUGGCAACAGAGACUUAUGUUUCAUCAGCACGGUGGUUUAUGUGUUUUUUUACCGGUGUGUAUUGAAUUAUUCUAAACUGUGUAGACUGUUCCAAUGAAACAUCCUGCCUCAUUCCUCUCUCACUCACUCUCCAAAACACGUCGUCUAUAAUCCUGUCGCCAGUCGAUCCUUUUUUACACACAGUAUAUGCUGAAAAGUAGCCAUGUCCCUUCAUGCCGAUCUCAUCUUUUGUUGCCCAUUGCUGUUAAAUAGCAUUUAUUUGAAUAUGGUGCUUGAGAGUAUGUAUAUAUUAUACACAGUUUAUUACGUUACGUUUGCUGCAACAUGUAAUACUUAUUGAACCCAAGGAGAGGGAGAGAGAGAGACUUCGAAGUUGUGAAACUAUACGGAUAUAGCUUAAACAUUUCUCAUUUAAACACAGGGAAAUCCAAGUUCUUUGGGUUUGGUUUGGUCAAAGGGAGACAACUCCCGUUUGCCCGAUUAACCUUGGUCAGUGAGAUUAUGGAAUGAUGAAAGCAGGUCUCGUUGUAGCAGUCUACACAGAAGUGGCCAUGUUUAGUCCUACCUCAAGAGGAACUGAUUUUAAUGAGUUAGUUAAUUUGUUAAGUCUGUUUUUUAUUCUGUUCGAGGACCCGUUGCAGUGGAUGUGUACAUAUCAGAUUUGAAGACUUGGCAAACAAGCCAUUUUUUUUUGGGCUUCUAGUGGAUGCUUGGUCUUGUAUUGUUAUGUAGAUGUUCGUACAACCAGUUGUAAGUUGUGACGCAAUCUAUGUGUAGAUGAUAGUUCAAAAUAAAGAGUACAUCUGAAAACUA